CGGCGCCAUGGCUCGGCUCCUGCUGCCGCUGCUGCUGCUGGCAGCCGGCGGGGCGGCGGGGCGCGCGCCCGGGGACGGGCGUCCGGGCCAGCUCGUCAGCUCGUCGUUCGUGCUCCGGGGGGACGCGACGCACAACCAGGCGAUGGUGCACUGGACGGGCGACAACAGCAGCGUGAUCCUGAUCCUGACCAAGUAUUACCACGCAGACAUGGGCAAGGUUCUGGAAAGUUCUCUGUGGCGGUCCUCAGACUUCGGGACUACCUACAGCAAACUGACGCUGCAGCCUGGGGUCCCCACCGUCGUGGACAGCUUCUACAUCUGCCCGUCCAACAAGAGGAAGAUCAUCCUGGUCAGCUCCUCACUCAGCGACAGAGACCAGAGCCUGUUCGUCAGCACAGAUGAGGGCGCCACCUUCCAGAAGCAGCCCAUCCCCUUCACUGUGGACGCGCUGAUCUUCCACCCCAAGGAGGAGGACAAGGUGCUGACCUGCAGCAAGGAGAGCCAGCUCUACGUGUCUGUGGACCUGGGGAGGACGUGGACGCUGCUGCAGGACCGUGUGACCAAGGACCGCGUUUUCUGGGCUGUGUCUGGGGUGGACACCAACCCGGACUUGGUCCACAUGGAAGCACAGGACGAGGGAGGAGGCUGCCGCUACAUCACGUGCCGCCUGCACAGCUGCUCCGAGAACACACGGGCAAGCCCCUUCCCGGGGCUCAUCGCCCCCGACUCCCUGGCCGUGCAGGACGAUUACAUCUUCCUGAAGACAACCUCGGCAAACCGAACCAAAUACUACGUCUCCUACCGUCGUGGUGAAUUUGUCCUGAUGAAGCUGCCCAAAUACGCACUGCCCAGGGACCUGCAGAUCAUCAGCACGGACGAGAGCCAGGUGUUCGUGGCGGUGCAGGAGUGGUACCAGACCGACACCUACAACCUCUACCAGUCGGACCCACGUGGAGUGCACUACACGCUGGUGCUGGAGGACGUCCGCAGCUCGCGGCGGGCCGAGGAGAAUGUCCUCGUCGACAUCCUGGAGGUGCGGGGAGUGAAGGGCGUCUUCUUGGCAAACCAGAAACGCGAUGGGAAGGUAGUGACACUUAUAACCUACAACAAGGGCCGAGACUGGGGUCACCUGCAACCCCCCAGCACAGACAUGAACGGGAAGCCCACCACCUGCAGGCCGCCUGACUGCCACCUGCACCUGCACCUGCGCUGGGCCGACAACCCAUAUGUGUCGGGCACCGUCCACACCAAGGACACCGCUCCCGGCCUCAUCAUGGGCGCAGGAAACCUGGGCUCGCAGUUGGUGGAGUACAAGGAGGAGAUGUACAUCACGUCAGACUGUGGGCACACCUGGCGCCAGGUGUUUGAGGAGGAGCACCACAUCCUCUACCUAGACCACGGCGGGGUCAUCGUGGCCAUCAAGGACACCUCCAUACCCUUGAAGAUCCUCAAGUUCAGCGCCGACGAGGGCCUCAGCUGGAGCACACACAACUUUACCAGCACCUCGGUGUUUGUGGACGGGCUGCUGAGCGAGCCAGGGGACGAGACGCUGGUGAUGACCGUCUUUGGCCACAUCAGCUUCCGCUCGGACUGGGAGCUGGUCAAGGUGGAUUUCCGGCCCGUGUUCUCCAGACCAUGCGGGGAGGCCGACUAUGACCCCUGGGACCUCACCAACCUCCAGGGCGACCGCUGCAUCAUGGGCCAGCAGCGAAGCUUCCGGAAGAGGAAGGCCACGUCCUGGUGCGUCAAGGGCCGGAGCUUCUCGUCAGCGCUCAGCGCCCGUGUGUGCCAGUGCCGCGACUCUGACUUCCUCUGUGACUACGGCUUUGAACGCGCCCCUGCCUCGGAGUCGGGUGCUCACGAGUGCACCGCCAACUUCUGGUUCGACCCAUUGAGCCCACCCGAAGACUGUGCGCUGGGCCGGACUUACCCCAGCAGUGCCGGGUACCGCAAGGUGGUGUCAAGCGUGUGUGAGGGUGGCGUGGACCUGCAGCGGGGCCCGGCGCAGCUGCAGUGCCCACUCACGGCGCCCCGGGGGCUGCGGGUCAGCAUCCGCGGCAAGGCGGUGGCCGUGCGGCCAGGCGAGGACGUGCUGUUCGAGGUGCGGCAGGAGCAGGGCGACGUUCUGAACACCAAGUACCAGGUGGACCUUGGGGACGGCUUCAAGGCCAUGUACGUGAACCUCACGCUGAGCGAGGACCCCCUCCGCCACCGCUACGAGCACCCCGGUGUGUACCGCGUGUGUGUCCGGGCGGAGAACGCAGCCGGGCACGACGAGGCGGUGCUCUUCGUCCAGGUCAAUUCUCCCCUGCAGGCCCUCUACCUCGAAGUGGUGCCUGUGGUUGGCGUCAACCAGGAGGUGACCCUCACGGCUGUGCUGCUGCCCUUGAACCCCAACCUCACGGUCUUUUACUGGUGGAUCGGCCAGAGCCUGCAGCCCCUGUUGUCCCUGGACAACGCGGUGAGCACGCGGUUCACGGAGCCCGGGGAGGUGCGCGUGACAGUGCAGGCGGCCUGCGGGAGCUCCGUGCUGCAGGACUCCAGGGUGGUCCGAGUGCUCGAUGAGUUCCCGGUGGUGCCCCUGCAGUUUUCCCAGGUCCUGGACGCACACAAUCCCAACACCCCAGAGUGGAGAGAGGACGUCGGCCUGGUGGUCUCCCGGCUCCUGUCCAAGGAGGCUGGCGUCCCUGAGGAGCUGCUGGUGACCGUGGUGAAGCCGGGGCUGCCCACUCUGGCUGACCUGCACGUGCUGCUGCCUCCUCCUCGGCCCACGCGGAAGCGGAGCGUCAGUAGUGACAAGCGGCUGGCGGCCGUGCGGGAGGCUCUGCGGGCGCAGAAGAUCAGCUUCCUGCUGCGGGGUGGCGUGCGCGUGCUGGUGGGCGAGCGGGCAGCCGGCACAGAUGUGCAGCGGCCGGGCGGCGGAGGCUACUGGGCGGUGGCCGUGCUCUUGGCCAUGGGGCUGUUUGCCGUGGGCGCCUUCAUCCUCUUCAAGUUCAAAAGGAAACGCCCCAGCAGGACCGUGUAUGCCCAGAUGCACAACGAGAAGGAGCAGGAGAUGACAAGCCCCCUGGGGCCACCGCAGGGGGCACAGAGUGGCAGCCGGGGCGAGGAGUUCAGGGAUGACGAUCUGGACUCACACACGCUAGGGAACCACUCGGGCGUGGUGCUGAGCAUUAACUCCCGGGAGAUGCACAGUUACCUGGUGAGCUGAUGCCCGCCCUCCUCGCUUCCCGGCCGUGGCCACCGCCAGGACGCCUCCUUCUCCAGCGGUCCCCACACCAGGCCUCCUAGGGCUCCCCGGUUCAGCUGC